AGUCAACAGUUAAUCAGACGCAGUGUUUCUUUCCAAUUAAUUGAAGAGAAUGUUGAAAGCAUGCACUAUUGUUUACUAUUUUGUGAGGUAAAACGAUACAAAGCAAUCUCAACAAAAGAAUUUAUUAAUUACGAAACACGGAAUUGUAUCAUAUAAUUUAAAACAAAUUGAUGACACGAAGUAAUUUAUUAUCCAAAGUUAAAACCAAGUUCGACUUAGGUUAGAGUGAAAAGGUUAGGUUUAAAUAGCAUGGUAGCACGCGGGUGAUGCACGUGCGACUGCAUGAUGGAUGCGACCGGGAAGCACGUGCUCUGCAAGCCGAAAAAAGCACAAAAGCGAUCCUUGCAAGAUGAAGAUAAAGUGCCGAGGAAGAAGACAAAGCUCAACGGUGUUGUUAAGGAGGAAAUCGAACAUAAUGCAUCAGGAGAAAAUAUAGUUCCUAAAGAAAGUAGUACAGAAGCCGCUGUUUGCAGUGACAGACAGGACGAACUUAAUGGUAAAUCUCUGAGAACGUUAUUGUCCUCGUCCAAUGGCUUCGAUGCUCUGAGGAAAUUCGUGACGAUAUGCAAGGAGAACAAGGAAAGGAAUCUUGCAGCAGAAUAUCUGCUUGCUGGUGGCAGUGUACUGGAAGUCCUGAGACUGUUGGACUCUGCAGAGAAGAAGAAUAUCUCUAAUGCCAUCACCGUCUUCUCUGCAAUCAAUAUUUUACUCAUGAGGAUUUUGGCUGAAUAUCCUCAGUACCAAAAUAGUGCGAUAGAGGCUUGUCGUUAUCUGUUGAAUUCGUACAUGUCCAUCGUACAUUCCAUGUUCUCGAGCCAGAGUAAUGUCAGGCAGCGCAAAGUGGUGUUGAAGCUGCUCACAGCAAUAGUAUCUUUGGACAGUAACCUGUCUAAUGAGUUGCUGACUCAUCUGUCACUGCAGCAGCAAGCUUUAGAAAAUCUAGUGCAUCAUACCAAGCCCACAGAUCCACAGAGUGUUAGGACAUGCUUCAUACACUUUGUCUUAGCGUUUCUUGUGGACAGAAACACGACGGUGAUCAGAACGCUGUUGGAUAAGCAUCAUCUGCUUUCUUGCAUCUUCUCAGGUUUGGUAUACGAUUCAAAAAUGAUUAUUAGCCUGGUUCUGUCGACCAUCAAGAUGAACGUGCUUGAGAACACGAGUAUCAGCAAGACGACAAAGUUGCACAUGUUCAACACUACAGCCGUGUCGAACUUGUUGUCGCUUUACGACUGGAAAGGUCCUAACAACUGGCGCAAGAAUAAAAGUAGUUGUAGCGAGAGUGAAGAGUUCCUAGAAGAUAAACAGGUUGUUAACGACAUAGUUCAUGAGUUCUUAAUUGUUCUACUGACCUCACAUCGCUAUGGAGUUAUCUUUCACGACCGAACGCUAGGUUCGCGAAACAAGCACAAUCAGCUGGUGUAUACGGUUCUCCAGAACCUGGAGAAACCGUGGGAACGCGAAAAGUCAUCAGAUCUGGUCAUCAGGAUAAUGGGAGCCUGUCCGGAUCUGAUUCGUUCACAGUAUAGCGCCAUCGAGCCGUUUCUCGAACCCCGAGUGUCACCCAAGUGGAUUUCCCUUUUGAGAUUCGUUAACAAGAUAAUUGAAUCGAUUGAUCCCACCGGCUGCAUAAGAAACUACUCUCUGGAACUAAAUGCAAAGAACUUGAUAAGCAUUUUAUUGUCUUUGACAGUCCCAAAUAUGAUUGUGAGGGGUGCCAUUCUGCCAGGAUUAAGUCACGAUAGUCUCUUGGUCAGACAUGAGGCGUUGGCUCUUUUAUUAUCGAUGAUUUGUCAGUUGAAAACCAUUUCCUUGGCCGCAAAAGAGUUUUACAAGACAAAUGCGGUUAAAAGGCAGAUAACAGAUUUCAUUUUGAAGGUCGUUCCUAAUUUAGAUAUCAUCCUACGAACAUGGAAUCGUGCCUUCGAAGCCAAUGCCGAUAUGGAGAUCCCAGAAAGCGCAGAGAACGUUCAGAAUCCAGAACUGAUGGAUCAUCUUGACAUCAUCCUGAACAUUCUUCAUUUGUACAAGGAUGUGUGCCCAGAACUGUUAGACGGCCUGACAGAUUUGCAACCAAAGAUGCUUCUGUCUAGCUUAAAUAGUCUCCAAGAUGAAAGUGAUGAAGAAGCAAAUAUAGAGAAGUUAAGCUCCAUGAAAGUCAAGGCAAUACAGUUCUUGCUCGUCCUGGAUUCCACUAUCUUUGCGCCUAGAGAAAGGACCUUCAAGGAAGCUCUUCUCUUCUUGAUAUCCCUCAUUCGUCGAGAAACACCAUCGGAAAGUUGCAAAGCUGCUAGAAUGUUGUUAAACGCGACAGGUUUGUUCGAAAAUUGCGACGAUCAGUUGGAUAUCUGGAUCAACGGUUUCUCGGUAAUAACUGAGCCUAAAGAAAACGAGGAGUUGGCGCAAUGGUUUAUGUCUGUUAUGAAAAGUGCCAUUAGACACACUGACAAAUAUAUAAACAGCAUGACGCAAGCGGAAGCAGCAUUAAAUGAGCAGUGUUUGGCUAAUCUUGAUGUUAAAACAACAAAAGACAUAAUUAACGAACUCUUCGAAAAGGCCAACAGAAUCUCUAGUCCUUGCGAGAAGGAUGUUUCCACGACGUCUGUAAUUAAUGGACAGUUCAAUGUUGAUGCAAAAGACAAUAAUGUAAUUAACGAUACCUUUAACAGAGCCAAUCAAAUAAAGUCGAAAGGCGCUAAACAUACUGAAACGUACGUGAUUCAGAGAAACGAGCAGGGUUCCAAGUCUCAUAUAAAAAAGGUGGGAGAUGUAAUUAAUCAGUUGUUUGAUAAGGCAAAACCCAAUAGGUUUCCUUUUAAUGGCCUUCUUCAUGGUAAAGCUUCUCCUCCGUGUUUAUUUAAUGGACAAGUAGUUGAUCUUGAGGCAAAGAAAACUGAUGAUGUAACUGAUCAUUCCUUCGACAAUCUUGACGAGGAAAGCCUUCCUCACAGAAUGCAAGUUUGUACAUCCGUGUCACCGCUCUUGUGUUGCGCACUUCAUAAAGCAAAUAAGCAAGAUUGCUCCGCCACGAUUGUAGCGUAUGUAUCCUACGUACUGGUCCACACUCUGCACCAUCAAGUUGCUCCGGAUCUGUUGAUCCAUUUAGCAACUGAUUUAACCAGCUUGCCGGUUUAUAAAUAUUUGCAAGGUUGGUCAAGCAACGGUCGGCCAAUUCCCUUGAAGAAUAAAUUUCAAUUUCUACAAUUAUUGCACAGAACAAGCAAUGCGUUACUGGCAGAUUCUGAGAUGGAUGUGACUGAGGUUUUCAAAACGUCUGAUAACAACUGUUCGACAUGCUGCUUCAAGUAUGACAAUAAAGAAAUCGUCAUUAAUCACUCCUUAUCUUUACAUGACGUCAAGGUUUUAUGGAGGAUGACGGUGUUUUAUUUAGCGCAGCUGGCACAGCGAAGAAUUUUGAAGCAGAUUCAAAACGAGAAUUGCAAGCUCAUGCUAGUGUCUCUAUUAAACAUUAUACAAUCCGUGAAUCAAAAGAACAUGAAAUACGUCACAAUAGUUGAAGAAAAUGCAAAAUAUAUCUUCACUCAUCCCAUCUUGCUGCAUUAUUUUUCACCAUUUUGUGGGGAAGCCUCAAGAGACUCAAUAGAAGGUAUGAUCACUAAAACUAUUUUAGAUAUCUGUGAGACCGUCGUUCAUUUGCACGAAACGACAAAUGGUAGUACGACAAUAUAUAACAUGUUCUUCGCAUUUAGAGAAAAGUAUCUUAUGCAAUUAAGAAACAUUAUGGAAAAAGAUUCUCUAAAAGCUUGCAGCAAUAAUUAUAAUGUUGCCAUUGCAUUACUAAAAAUAUUACAAUUGAGAACAUCAAAUAUCGCAAAUUUACUGCUCGCUUUAACGAAUCUAGAAAGUACCGCAUUUAUCUCGAACAACGAGCCAGGACGAAACCAGUCCAUAUUCGGAUGUAUUGUUCCAAUAUUGCUUGACAUGUAUUGCGACAACGAAUCAAAGUUACAUCACGGUCAAUCUAAUGCAUUGAAUGAUCAGUUCGUAAAGAAGCUAAGUUUGCAUUUGGUGCACCUAAAAUCCAAUAGCCACAUAGAAAGGUGGGAGCAAUCCUUGACGAACUACUUGUCAAUCUUUCCACGCAAUAUUGCCGGCAUCAGCUCUGACACUUUUGUUUCGUUGUUGGAAAGAGGUAUUACUAGAUCCACGGUCCAGCUGGUAACGAUCUUGAUCAAGAGAAAUAUCAAACUGAUUCCAUCACUGGUGAAAUACUUUUUCCAGGGAAACAAUGCGAAGCAAGCGGAUGUUGUCCAAUUGUUUCCAAUACUCGGUUGUAAUUUGAAAGAUAAAUGGAACAAAAAAAAAUUCCUCCAGACUCUUUGCCAUCAUUACAGCAACGAUAUCGCCGCAUAUUUAUCUGAGCCAGGAAAUCCCGUUCCGUGGAUUGAGGAGAACACGGCGGCAAUUGUUUACCUGAUCGAGAACACUUUCGAUCUUGCUCUAUGCGAAAAAACUUGCAACACUAUUUCCCAGAGCGGUGAUAAAUUGGACAUGGUGUCUACGUGUUUCGUGCAUUUGUUGGAAAGUCUGUACAAGAAAUACGAAGAAAGUUUGGUAACGGUGAAGGACAAGGCUUUAAGCGACCUGAUACAAAUAUUGCUUCAUAUAAUGACUUUAACGUUGAAGAAGGAGGCGAAGAACCUGAAAAAAAUUAAAGUUUUGUGCGAAAAACUCGACAACGCAGUGGCUUGUUUAAGAAAGACUAAACCUGAUUUUAUCCUUAGUUCAUUGAGUAAGAGUUACUCGUGGUCGCAGUAUACCAGAUUUUCUUUGAAAUUGGGUCUGAAAGAUGCUAAGAACGAUGAGACCCAGUCGAGCAUAUUGAAGACUUUAAGUAGUCUAUGUGAUAUCGCAUACGCAGAUAAUAUCGAAGACGAGUACGCGAAGACGUUAUUCGAAAUGGCAACGUCCCAUUCGGAGUUUGUUAAUGUUAUGCUAGGAUCUUCUAUUGUUAAGGGCGAUUUGAUUGAACUACUGAGGAUACUUAUUCGAAAGAAUCAUUCAGUAAUAUCUGCUUCGCACGUGGCCCUUUACCUCGCGGCUUACAACGCUACUCUCAGUCAUAUUGAUCAACGCAUUUUGCAGAUUCUUCAGCAUUAUGAAUCUCAUGGUGUCAAACUCCAACAGUAUUGGCCGUACUUAUGGGGAAGCGCAGCAGCAUCACAUUACGCUGUAAAGGGAGAGACGGAGACAGCCCUUUGGAGACAACCCUCCACCACCGAGAUUUUUAACUUGUUCGACAAGGAUAUCGUUAAAAAUACCAUAAAAGACUAUCCCAUACGCAGGACUUUGAAGGAUGACGAGUUACACGAGAACAGCAACGUAUACGACCCCGCGUUUUACUUGCCAUUGCUGUGCUCACUAUUAGCGGAGAAUAAUAUCGUUGCGUGCUAUAAAAUAAAUCAGAACGGUGUGUUAGCGUUGGUGCUCAUUGCGUGCUGCAGCAGUUCAAGCGACGUUCGGUUGGCAGCAUAUACCGCCCUCUCCAGAUACUACUUUCACCUGGAAGCGUCCAAGUCUAAAGACAAGUUGUUAUGGAUGCGUCUGCUUGACGCUUUAAGAAAUGGCGUUAAACUGUCCUUAAACUGCCCAUUGAAGGACAUUCGCCUGAGCUGUCUGACCGCUACCUUCCUGGCCAGAGCGUCGUUGAUCGCCAGCCAACCCCUACAUCCGCUUUACUCGCCACUGCACACCUUUCUGAUGGCCAAACCGGCGCUGGAUUUGACCACCAUACCCGAAUUGCUGCAGCUGCUCCACAGUCCGCACGUGGAGCACAAAGCACACCGGCACUGGAUCCUGAAGAACAUUCGGGACGGCAUGAAAGAAGAGGGCGACGUGGACGUAGCUCUGAAGUGCAUGUUGUUCAGGAUGCUUCUAGAUUUUCAUACUUGUAUAUUAUCGGACGCUAAGAGCAAGCAAUUGAUCUUGGAGGUCAUUGCCUCUACCACGAAGAUUUCCAAAGCUUCGGUGCUUCUUAUACGAGGGUAUGGUGUGCUUCCGUGGCUACACAAGGUUGUUAAUCAGUUGGACACUUGUGAGACGGAAAUAGAUACCGUCAUCACCAUAAUCGAAAAUUUAUUGAACAACCUGAGUGCCUUAACGGAGGAUACUACGCGUUACAAGUUCUUGUUGUUUAGUAUCCUCUCGCAAUUAAAGGAGUCUUCAAGAAACAACCAAAUGAGGUUUCUCUCAUCCAACUAAAUUUUCUGUGACUGAAAUAAGAUGGAUACCUAUUCAGAGAUGUAAGUAUUGUAAAAGAGUGAAAAUGCGCAGCGAAACGAACAUAUGUAUGAUAUGUAUGAUUUUCCUGUGAAAUAAACAGUACUCUUUAAUUCGA